AUGCGCCUUUCUCUAAAUGCUGCGCUGGCAGUGGCGCUGGGCCUUGCCUCGUCCUCAGAUGCACUCAAAAUCAUCAUGGGUAACGAUGACGGGUUUGGCAGUGGAAAUCUGAGAGAGCUGUACAAGCUGCUAGUUGACGCGGGCCACGAAGUACUUAUCGUCGCUCCAGCGCAACAGCAGUCGGGCAAGGGCAGCACCGUCAUCUGGGCCGAGUCGGCAAACCUUACGAUCCCGUCCCAGUACGACAUAAUUCCUGCAGGCGCACCAGCAGUCGGCCGCGAUCCAAAUGAUGACAACAUCUGGUACUAUGAUGGUACACCUGCUGCGUGUACCUUUGUGGCGCUCGACUACGUGCUGCCACGUUACUACCCCGACUGGCACCAGACAGCUGAUCUCUUCGUCGCCGGGCCGAACUAUGGAACAAACCUUGGUUCCUUCGUGAUGGGCUUGAGUGGAACUGUAGGCGCAACGUUUGCCGCUGUGUCGCGCUCCAUCCCUGGAAUUGCCACGAGCGCGAGUAACAAGGCGGUGCCUUACUUCAACGUGACAAGUGCCUCGGACCCCGCCGCUUUAGCGGCCAAAGUCUCAUUCGAAGUAGUGAACGAGUUCAUCAACAACACACCAGAGGGGCAAAAGGUUCUUCCUUUGGGUUAUGGUGUGAACGUCAACAUACCCGAGCUUGUCAAUAGCACCAUGCCCCCGGUGAUCAAGACCAGGCUCACAGGCGAGGCCAACACGGACGUGGCAGUUUACAACGAGACGACUGGCUUAUUUACGUGGGACAACGUCGACCCUCUAGCUGCUGGAAUCAAUGCGGCGUACAACGGCGAUACAAGUCUGCCUGGUGAGACAUUCGUGGUCGCUGGAGGCGGUAUUAGUGUUAGUGUCUUCACCAUGGACUUCUCUGCGCCGAGCACUGAGUACACCGAAGCAGUAUACGGCAAGGCUGAGAGCUUGUUUAGCGCCAGCUCUGGCGUAAAUGCGACGGGUUACAGCAAAAGGAUGAUCGAGGAGCGUAUGCGCAAGAGAGGCGCCAUGCUGAGCGGACGCGAUGGUGGAGCGUAG